AAUAAAAACUUAUUAAAAGUCUUUAUUAUUUAAAUAUUUUACAAUUCAUAAAUUUCAUAGAUUUGCUAAAUUGUUGUGAUGAGAAAAUGGGAUACUAUAAAGUAGUAGUAGACUAGUAGUUAGUAUAGAAACGUUUAAAAACAUACAACAAACUUUUAUCAUCUCUUUUUGUGACAGGCCCACACUAUCAAUUCGAAAAGUCUAAACAAAAGUCGCCGUCAUGAAAGUAGAACUUGUGUUCAUACCAUCGCCGGGCGUUGGCCAUAUCCGAGCAACAACGGCGUUAGCAAAGCUUCUCGUUGCCAGCGACAACCGCCUCUCCGUCACUCUCAUCGUCAUUCCUUCACGAGUCUCCGACGACGCUUCUUCCUCCGUCUACACGAACUCCGAAGACCGUCUCCGCUACAUCCUCCUCCCCGCCCGAGAUCAAACUACUGAUCUCGUAUCUUACAUCGACAGCCAGAAACCACAAGUAAGAGCCGUCGUGUCCAAGGUCGCUGGAGAUGUUUCAACACGUUCAGACUCACGGCUAGCUGGGAUUGUCGUAGACAUGUUCUGCACGUCCAUGAUAGACAUCGCCGAUGAGUUUAACCUCUCGGCUUAUAUCUUCUACACGUCCAACGCUUCUUAUCUCGGGCUACAGUUCCACGUUCAAUCUCUUUACGACGAGAAAGAACUCGACGUAAGUGAGUUCAAAGAUACGGAGAUGAAGUUUGACGUUCCAACUCUGACUCAGCCUUUUCCGGCAAAAUGUUUGCCUUCAGUGAUGCUAAACAAGAAAUGGUUUCCUUACGUUUUGGGUCGAGCUAGAAGUUUUAGAGCAACGAAGGGUAUUUUGGUAAAUUCGGUGGCUGACAUGGAACCUCAGGCGUUGAGUUUCUUUUCCGGUGGAAAUGGGAAUACAAAUAUCCCUCCGGUGUACGCGGUUGGGCCCAUUAUGGACUUAGAAUCUAGCGGCGAUGAAGAGAAGAGAAAGGAGAUUUUACAUUGGCUAAAAGAGCAACCGACGAAAUCUGUAGUGUUUCUCUGUUUUGGGAGCAUGGGAGGUUUCAGUGAGGAACAAGCAAGAGAAAUAGCUGUGGCGCUCGAGCGAAGCGGACACAGGUUUCUCUGGUCGCUUCGCCGCGCUUCUCCUGUUGGAAACAAGUCUAAUCCUCCUCCCGGAGAAUUCACGAACUUAGAGGAGAUUCUUCCAAAAGGGUUUUUAGAUCGGACGGUGGAGAUAGGGAAGAUCAUAAGCUGGGCACCACAAGUAGAUGUGUUGAAUAGUCCUGCUAUAGGAGCGUUCGUGACACAUUGUGGAUGGAACUCAAUUCUCGAGAGUCUUUGGUUCGGUGUUCCGAUGGCGGCGUGGCCUAUCUAUGCUGAGCAACAGUUUAACGCGUUUCAUAUGGUGGAUGAGCUUGGUUUAGCGGCGGAGGUAAAGAAGGAGUACCGUAGAGAUUUUCUGGUGGAGGAGCCGGAGAUUGUGACGGCUGAUGAGAUAGAGAGAGGGAUCAAGUGUGCGAUGGAGCAGGAUAGCAAGAUGAGGAAGAGGGUGAUGGAGAUGAAGGAUAAGCUCCACGUGGCGUUGGUGGACGGUGGAUCUUCGAACUGUGCUCUAAAGAAGUUUGUUCAAGACGUGGUCGAUAAUGUUCCAUAAUCCAUAGGAACGUGCUCGAUAAUGUACCAUAGGAACAUGGUUGGGUGUUUUGUGAUAGAAUAAUGGGAAUCUUUUAAAAGGACUAUGAUGACAUGAUUGAAAACAACCAGUCUGAAAGUAUAAUAAUAGUUACGUGUACUUUUGUCUAUUAAGCAAAAUAAUGCAAUUUACGUUUCGGUAAGAUUGUAAGAAAAGAAAUGCAGUUUAUGUCUAAACAAUCUAUUUAUAUUUUGUUAUCUGCAAAGAAUAAUCACACUAUGUGCACGAAUUAUCUGGAUUUAUCAAACUAUUUAUGAUCUAACAGUGACUUAUUGAGAUA